AUGUCGGACACUCCAAAUUUCAGCGAUGACAGCCGUGCAGCACGAGUUAUUGCGGGUCAUCUUCCUUCGGGAUACACCGCCGACUUCGACGGCGUGCAAACUGACGGUGAUUCACCAAGGGGACAUGGAGAGCCGGAGCCGGAGUCCUCUCUCAAACUGCAAGGCGGCGACAUACACCGCGAUUUGUACAAAAUUCAAAAUCGGAACAGAUUACAGCGAGCUGCUACCUUCUCGCAUCCAAAUGACACCUCCACCACAAUGGAGAAUGAGACAUCGGUUUCCGAGCAACUUGUGCCAGGUGGCUUCCGGCGAGAGUUCGUUCGCCAGAAGUACGGUCGGUUCAAUCCUGCAGUCAUUCCCGUCACCAGGAAUUUCGUGGAAUUUCUGUCUCUUUACGGAGCCUUUGCUGGUGAAGACCUGGAAGACUCGGAGGACGAAUCAGCGCUUGAGGAUGAAGAAGGAGCGCCUUCAGAGACAAGACCACUUCUUCGCCGAAGGACUACCGUGGCCAAGAAAGGAGACGCCGGUAUGACGAAAACCUUCUUUACCUUGCUCAAGGCAUUCAUCGGAACUGGAAUCAUGUUCUUGCCCAAGGCUUUCAACAAUGGUGGCAUCCUCUUCUCGUCGAUGACACUGUUGACAGUUUCACUUGUGACGACAUGGGCAUUUCAUCUCUUACUGCAAUGUCGACAAGUCCACAAAAAGAGCGGCUAUGGUGAGCUUGGUGAAGUGAUUGGCGGACCCAGAAUGAGGGCUAUAAUCCUCGGGUCGGUCACAAUCUCGCAACUUGGAUUUGUCUGUGCCGGAACAGUAUUUGUCGCGCAAAAUAUGUAUUCCUUCGAAAACGCUGUCACCGAAGGCCUGGCUCCCGUGUCGACCAAUAUCUUGAUUGCCCUCCAACUGAUCGCUUUGAUUCCACUUGCGUUCAUUCGCAACAUCUCGAAGCUUGGUCCCGCGGCAUUGGUGGCUGACGUUUUCAUACUCCUCGGUGUCGCUUACAUUUACUAUUAUGACAUUUCCAGCCUGGCUGACCAUGGACUCAACCGAACCGUUCAAUUGUUCAACCCCCAGCACUACACCCUUACGAUUGGAUCAGCCAUAUUCACUUUUGAAGGCAUCGGCCUCAUCCUUCCUAUUCAAUCGUCCAUGCGCGAGCCCGAGAAAUUCGAGCCACUACUCUGGGCUAUAAUGCUUAUUAUUACUAUCAUCUUCACGUCCAUAGGAGCACUCUGCUACGCAACUUUUGGCUCGGCAACCAAGAUCGAAGUCAUCUCCAAUUUUCCUCAAGAGAGCAGACUUGUCAACGCCGUUCAACUUUUGUACGCCCUGGCCGUUAUGGCCGGCACGCCAGUCCAACUAUUUCCAGCCCUUCGAAUUCUAGAGGGCAAGAUAUUUGGCCAUCGCUCUGGCAAACGCGACACAUCAAUCAAAUGGAAAAAGAAUGGGUUCAGAACGGUGCUUGUUGUUGUUUGUGCUUUGGUGGCAAUUUUGGGAUCGGGCAACCUUGACAUUUUUGUGAGCCUGAUUGGUAGCCUAUGUUGUGUUCCGCUUGUGUACAUAUACCCGCCUCUUCUGCACCACAAAGGCGUGGCGGAUUCGAAAUUGGCAAAAGCUGGGGAUGUCGUGUUGAUAAUCCUGGGUGUCGUUUGUUUGAUUUACACAGCUGUCGUCACUAUUGUAACCAGCUUCAUGCAGUAA